AUGGCAGGAUGGUCGUCUUUAACACCUGGGUCUGUUUUAGAUUGUGUCGAAACUAAUGAUGCAUAUCAGAAAAAUGGUAGUUGCAUUGGUAGUGAUAUUGAUGUAAGAGAUGGUGUUGAAUGUGAUGAGGAUGAUGAUGAGGUUAGGCUAAGAUAUACAUUUGAUCAAGUUCUAUCUGUUUUUGUUAAGGAAAUUGGUGAUAGAGGUGUUGUUAGGCCCAUCCCUGCCGUGAUUGAUGAUAGGCAACCUGUGGAUUUGUUCAAAUUGUUCUGUUUGGUGAGAGAUAGAGGUGGGUAUGAUUGGGUUUCGAAGAACAGUUUGUGGUCUUUUGUGGCCAAAGAGUUGGGUUUGGAUGGUGGAGCAACGGCUUCUGUGAAAUUGAUUUACUUCAAGUAUUUGAAUGAGCUUGAGAAAUGGUUUAGGGAGAGUUGUAAAAGUAGGAGCUCCGGAAAUGGGCAGUCUGGUUUGUAUGGGGAGUUUCAGUUGUUGUCUUCGGAGUUGGAGAGAGAGUUUAGAGAUUUGUUGUUGGAUGGGCCUGAGCAGAAGGGCAAAGGUGAUGGACCGGUUCAGUUUGAAUCUGAUGAAAAUGGGAAGAUUGAAUUUAAUCUUUCAGAUACCAAAGAUGCAUAUGGAAUGCAUGCAGGUGCCGACCAAUGCAAGGAUGAUGAUGACGAAAAAGUUUGUAAUGAUGAUCAGAAUGGUGUUUUGAUAUCACUUGAUAGUCUCAAUAAAAAAGAAAAUGAUCGUAAAAGAAAGCGAGAAUCCUUAUCAGGAAUGCUGAAUUGGGUAGUUCAGAUUGCAAAGCAGCCAAAUGAUCCUUCAAUUGGAGUGAUACCAGGGCCAACUAAUUGGAAGGAGCAUAAGGGCGAUGAGUGCUGGUUCCAGGUAAUUAGAGCAAGGGAAGCAUUGCUGCUAAGAAGGAAUGUUGAUUCAAAGACUGAAGAAUCUCUCCUGCAGAAGAAACUAAAGACGCAUCCAUUGUUGUAUGAAGAUAAUAUUGUUGCUGGUCACCAGUCCUCAGAGAGGUUAAGAUGCAGUGAAAGGUUUCCUAAUUCUGUGAAAUCUCGCUCGUGCCCUUGUUGCAGUUCAUGUUCAGUCCCUCAGAGUAAUUUGAUAAGUCCUCGUAAAAAAGAGUUGGAUAACAUUUCUAAGGAGCAAGCACCAGCAGAAGUUGAUUUAUUGGCCACAAAUACAAUGGUUUGCCCAUCUGUGGAUGCUCCCCAUGAAAAGCACGUUUCUGUAGGCACUCUCUUUCAAGCUGAUGUGCCCGACUGGACUGGCGUGGCUUCUGAAAGUGAUAUUAAAUGGCUAGGCACACGGGUAUGGCCCGUACAAUGUGAAGAAGACAGCUCCCUUCAUGAAACAGAUCUCACUGGCAAAGGAAGACCGGAUUUGUGUGGCUGUCGACUUCCAGGUUCUGUUGUAUGUAUCAGAUUUCACAUUGCUGAGGCCAGGAUGAAACUGAAGAGAGAACUUGGUUCCUUGUUCUAUCGUUGGCAAUUUGAUCGUAUGGGUGAGGAAGUUUCUCUUCAGUGGACAGCUGAAGAAGAAAAGAGAUUCAAGGAUUUGGUAAAGUCAAAUUCUCCUUCCUUUUGGAAUAGAGCGUCCAGGAGUGCACGCCGUGGUGGAAUCGGACCUGGUGGAGUUCAUGAUGAGGCCAGAAGGUAG